UCCUUGAGCUUUGACGUCAAAUCCAUGUUGAAAACUCUCUGGCAGAGGAAGAAGGUAACUCAGGCUCUCUUCAACAGGAAAACGAAAUAAAGGCGUGCAUCAUAUUUCCACCUAUUUGUUCAGGAUCUACUGGAGGAACAAACAAAACGGCCAUGACUCCUGUUGUUGGCAGGAAGGCCACUGGGCUUGUAGCUGCCACAUUUACACCGCUCACUCCUGAAGGUGAAAUCAACCUUUUAGAGAUCAGACCCUACAUUGACUACCUGUUAGAGCAACAAGGUGUUAAGAGUAUAUUUGUAAAUGGCACGACAGGAGAAGGUAUGUCUCUCACUGUGGAAGAGAGGAAGCUGCUUGCAGAGGAAUGGUGUCAUAAGGGCAAGAACAAGCUGGAGCAGGUGAUAGUGCACGUGGGCUGCAUGAGUCUGAAGGACUCCCAGGAGCUGGCACGCCAUGCUGCUGAAAUAGGAGCUGAUGGGAUAGCAGUGAUCUCCCCCUCUUUCUUCAAACCCGCCACUGCAGAUGCUCUGAGGAUGUUUCUCCAGGAAGUGGCUGCAGCCGCACCAGCUGUGCCCUUCUACUAUUAUCACAUUCCAGCUGUGACCGGGGUCAACUUGCGAUCAAGGGAUGUGUUGGAGGGGAUAGAGAAGCAGAUCCCCUCGUUCCAGGGGCUGAAGUUCAGUGGCAGUGACCUGAUGGACUUUGGCCAGUGUGUCAGCUAUAGUCCAUCUCACUGGUCACUCCUAUAUGGCAUAGAUGAGCAACUGCUAGGAGCUUUGGCAAUGGGUGCCAAUGGGGCCGUAGGCAGCACGUACAACUACCUGGGCAGCAGUGUGAACAGACUCAUGUCUGCCUUUCAUAAAGGGGACCUCUCCAAUGCCAGGACUUUACAGUUCCAGGUGCAAGAUAUCCUCUGUUAUGCAAUAAAGAUGGGGUUUGACUUGGCUGUAAAUAAGCAGCUGAUGAGUGAGGUGUCAGGAUUGGCUCUGGGUCCUCCCCGCCUGCCCUUGCUGCCCUGCCCCCAGCCCAAGGCCCACUCCAUAGCACAGAGACUCCAGCAGAUCCUGGGGGAGCAAUGACAGCAGCAUGGAGACUUGGCUUUAUAGGCCAGCCUGGGAGCAUUACUGCGUCAGUUAAAACAGUCAUGUGUUUCUUUGUUUUUCUAGCCUCUCCAAGUUGUCAACUCGAAAAUCUCCUAUUCUGUUCUCCUGCUUCUAACCUUUAAUAAGGAGGAACAGCAAACACUAACACUGUACCCAAUACGUUUGAUUUAACUGACUAUCGCCUGCACAUGUAUUCAAAUGUAAAGAAACAUUCCAUUGCCAGCAGCCCAAAAUGCCAAAAGACACAGUUAGUCAUGCCAGAGGUGCAAUCAAGCAUCAUGUAGUAGGGCAUUAAGAGCAUUGUACAGAUUGGCUAGAGGAGUUACUGAGGGACUUUUAGCACCUUGUAUCUUAAAAUUGGCUUCUGAUAUUUAAUCUAUAUUGUUUUUAGUGAGACCUGCAGGGUUGUUUUAUUGAUACUGUAUUUGUUUUUACUUUCUUCUUUGUUGUUUACCGGAACAACAAUGCAUUUUUGUGUGGUUGAUACCUUUUCAAAUAAGUACUGUAAUAGACUGUAACCUAACCCUGAGUAAAUCAGUACAUCUAUUAAGUUGAAUUGCCACUGACCUCAAAAGUGUGAAUUGCACUCUUUCUUGAUAUUAUCUUUUUAAAAAGCCAUUGAUUUAAAAUGAAUUAAAGUAUAACUGAACUUGUAUGCGAGUGAAAGGGAAAUAUAAACAAAACUUGAAUCAUUUUUGUAAACACUCUUAGACAUUUCUAAUUGCAUAUGAAAUAAAAGAUCUACCGUUUUUA